GGCCCGGCACCGCGACAAGCCCAAGCGUCCCCUCGCCAGGCUGGGCUGGGCCGUGCAGCAGCGCUGUCGCCGCCUGUGUCGCACGCACCGCUUCAGGAACCUCCAGGUGGAGAUGCUGUACCAGCGCUACUUCCUGCGCACCAACCAGGCCCACAUGACCCACCUGCUGGCCGUGCUGGUGGGGCUGUGCCUCAUGCUGGCCCUGUUCCACCUGGGCUCCGUGCACUACGCCGGCCAGCCCAGCUCCGUCGCCAUCCUGCUCACGCACACCUCGUGCGUCUUCGUGUACUCAGCGCUCAUGGUGCUGCUGGCGCGGCCCGCCAUGAACGAGUUGUACCUGCUGGGCGUGUCCUACGCCGUGUGCGCCACGUUCCUGGUGCUGGAGCUCGUCUUCCUGGUGGCCGAGUGCGGCGAGGGCCCGGUGCCGCAGCCGGCGCCCUCCACCGCCAUGGCGCCGGCCCUCUUCUUCAUCUACGUCACGUACGCCCUGCUGCCGCUGCGCCUCCAGGAGGCCGUGUUCGCCGGGGUGCUGCUGGCCCUCGCGCACACCGUCACCCUCACCGCGCUGGCGCAGGACCAGUCGGCCGACUUCUGCAACAAGCUGGCGUGCAACGUGGUGCUGCUCGUGGCCGUCAACAUGGCGGGCGUGUUCACGCACCACCCCAGCGAGCUGGCCAAGCGGCAGGCCUUCCUGGAGACGAGGCAGUGCAUCGAGGCGCGGCUCACCACGCAGCGCGAGAACCAGCAACAGGAGCGGCUGCUUCUGUCCGUGCUGCCCAGGCACGUGGCCAUGGAGAUGAAGGCCGACAUCGCGGGCAAGCCCCAGGACACCAUGUUCCACAAGAUCUACAUCCAGAGGCACGAGAACGUCAGCAUCCUAUUCGCCGACAUUUGCGGCUUCACGUCGCUCUCGGCGCAGUGCACCGCCGAGGAGCUGGUGCGCCUGCUCAACGAGCUGUUUGCACGGUUCGACCGGCUGGCCCAGGAACACCACUGCCUGCGCAUCAAGCUGCUGGGCGACUGCUACUACUGCGUGUCCGGGCUGCCAGAGCCGCGGCCCGACCACGCCCAGUGCGCCGUGGAGAUGGGCCUGGACAUGAUCGACGCCAUCGCGCUGGUGCGCGACGUGAUGGGCGUCAACGUCAACAUGCGCGUGGGCAUCCACACCGGCCGCGUGCACUGCGGCGUGCUGGGGCUGCGCAAGUGGCAGUUCGACGUCUGGUCCAACGACGUCACCCUGGCCAACCACAUGGAGAGCGGCGGCAUCCCCGGGCGGGUGCACAUCACCCGGGACACGUUCGUGUUCCUGGACGGCGACUACGCCGUGGAGCCGGGCAACGGCGACGAGAGGAACUCGUACCUGCGGGACCACAACAUCGAGACGCUGCUCAUCGUGCCGGAGAAGUCGAAGCGGUCCCAGACGCAGCGGUCAAUACGCAGGCCGGGCGGCCACCUCGGCUUCUCCAACGGGAACGUGGCCAAGGAGCUGCGCGUCAUGGGCCACGGCAGCCAGCACGGCAAGCACUCCAAGCUCGGCUUCGGAGACAGCCUGGAGGAGAAGGACCCCCAGGAGGAGGUGAACGACUACCUGAUGCGCGCCAUCGACGCCAGGAGCAUCGACAGGCUGCGCGCCGAGUGCAGGAACUUCCUGCUCACCUUCAAGAACGGCGAGAUCGAGAGGAAGUACUCGAAGGAGCGCGACCGGAUGCUGACGACGUACUUCGUGUGCUCCGUCAUCAUCAUGGGCACCAUCCUCAGCCUGCAGCUCAUCCUGCGAGUCAAGUCGGCGCUGCCGCUCGUCGUCACGGUCGUCUGCUGGCUCAUCGUGGCGGGAAUCACCGCCAUCGUGGUGUCCAUUAGGAGCAAGAACAAAGUGUUGAAGCUGCCGGCCGCGCUCAUCCACGGGGACCGGAAAGUGGCCCAGUUGUUCGCCUGCGUCGUCAUCAUCUGCAGCUACGUGGCGGCGCUGUCCCCGAUGUUGUCGUCGUUCGACGUGGUCCUCGGCAUGAUCCCGUGCUGGAACGCCUCCGUGGAGCCGCUGCUCAACUUGACGGCCACCGAGGCGCCGCGGCCGGUGCUCGAGACCGCCAACAACUCCGCCGCCGCCCUCAACUGCACCGCGCAGGCCCUGCUGGUCCAGGACUUGUUCCCGCCCGACUACCUGGCGCUGACGGUGCUGCUGGUGCUGGCGCUGUGCGCGGUGUACCAGGUGCUGGUGGCGCUGCUCAAGAUGGUCCUCAUGGGCUGCCUGCUGCUGGGCUACUUUGUCAUCGUCCUGCUCGUCGAGAGGGACCCCUCCAUACCGGGGAGCUCGGCGUGGGUGUCGCUGCUGGCGCCGCGCCACUUGGUGCUCGUCGUGCUGGUGGGCAUGGUGGUCGUCCUGGUGAUCCACUCGCUGCACACCGAGGCCACGUACCGGCUGGACUUCCUGUGGAAGCUGCAGGCCACAGAGGAGAAGGAGGACAUGGAGCACCUGGAGGCCUACAACCGCAAGCUGCUGGCGAACAUCCUGCCCGUGCACGUGGCGGAGCACUUCCUGAACAGCGACAAGAACUCGGACGAGCUCUACCACGAGCAGUGCGACCUGGUGUGCAUCAUGUUCGCGUCCGUGGCCAACUUCUCCGAGUUCUACGUGGAGCUGGAGGCCAACAACGAGGGCGUCGAGUGCCUGCGCCUGCUCAACGAGAUCAUCGCCGACUUCGACAACCUCCUGGCCGAGGACGACUUCCGCUACAUCGAGAAGAUCAAGACGACGGGUGCCACGUACAUGGCGGCGUCAGGCCUGACGCCCAGCACGUGCGACACGCGCGGCCUCAAGCACGUGACCGCCAUGGCCGACUUCGCGCUGCGGAUCCGCGAGCAGCUGGAGUACGUCAACGAGCACUCGUUCAACAACUUCCGCAUCCGCAUCGGAAUCAACAUCGGCCCCGUGGUGGCCGGCGUCAUCGGCAGCCGCAAGCCGCAGUACGACAUCUGGGGCAACGCCGUCAACGUCGCCUCACGGAUGGACUCGACCGGCGUGCUCGACAAGAUCCAGGUGACGCAGGAGCUGUACGAGAUCCUGAAGGUGAAGGGCUACCCGCUGACGUGCCGCGGCAACAUCCACGUCAAGGGCAAGGGGGACAUGACGACGUACUUCCUGGAGGGGCCGGCGGAUCAAGCCUCCACCCCCGGAGCGGGGCUUAGCGCGGCGUUGUCGCCCACGGCGGCCACCCCGACCACGGCCACCCCGACCACGGCCACCCCGACCACGGCCACCCCGACCACGGGGGCCACCCCGGCCACUCCCACCGCGGCUCCGUUCCCGGCCGCCAGCCCGACCGCCAACGGGGUGGACCACACCUGAGGGGACGCCGGGCCACGUGGGCCAUGCGGGCCCGCGCUUGGAUGACGUCACCGUGGGCGCUCACGUCGACUCUUGUGCCACGACUCGAGGAAGAGGCGCCGCGCGCGCGGACGACUUGUACCGAUCUGUGAUGGUUUAUGUGAAACUGGCCAUUUAUUUGUUAGUCAAAGUGUGCUCUGGUCAAUGUUCGAUUUGAUGCGGAUCUUGUGAAACGCCGCCGGGCCCGGCCCGGCUCUGAAUGUGCGGCUGAGCCGGCGGGGGUGUCCUGGGGACGGCGUUGUUGUCGGUGUCUUAGUCAAUAGCUCUGCUGUUUUGCUUGGCGCUUAAGCCAAGUGUGCUCUAAGCUGCGUCUAAUGGAUGUGUUGUGUUGACUACCAGUCUCUUGUACCUGCUUUGGUGCUUGUCAAUAUUUUUUGGAAAGCACCGAUCUAUGUGAUCUGUAGGCCUAAUCCUCUAUCGGCGCCGACCCAGUCAGAAAGAGCUCUUCGGGACGGGACAAAAGGGAAUACGAUCGGUCUAUUUGUGCAUUGUGGUGUGAAGUGUUGUGCCUUUCUGAUUCGGGUGAGAACCAUAUCUUGUAGCUGUUUUUUUCCCGCGAUCUACGUGUUUCUUUUCUUCUACUACUGCUGCCUGUCGGUGCGGAAUAAUUUGCCCUCGUACUUGUCAAAUCUUGUCAACUUUAGAGUAUGUAAAUAAAUGAGAGUGGCUGCGUGGUGACUAUCACAGCUACACGUAGUUAUAUUUUAAUGAAUGGCAGUUUAGACUGGCUGUUAGCCGCGUUUACUUUCAACUAUUUUUUGAUCGCGCCAUGCUCGAAGCUACGAGUCCAACAUUGUGAGAGGACACGUAGACGUGUAAACACUACAACUAACAUUAAUUUAUUACCAUUACUUCAUAAAUGUCAGUAGGGGCACGGCCAAAAUGUAUUUAUUUAAACGAAAUGAUUAGUGUCAUAUUUCUGUGAGAAAAAACAAUAAACGCAACGAAUGGAGA